UUUCCAUGGUUGCAUUUCUGCUGGAUCUAAACAAACUCACAUGUGUUUAACAUGGCGGCGUUGUCGAUAACAUCGUUCGCAAAAUACUUCUCAGAUGAGCCUAAAUCUUUAAACCGUGGCGAAAACCAUUACCAAUCUGGACACGUUCUAUCUUUUUGCUAUUGUGAUGGAAUUAUCAGAGGGUCAGUGCAAGCGAGCAUGAAAAGUACGACGUAUAAAGUCACAAUAUAUCUUCAAGAAAACGAAAUACGUUCCACAGAAUGCGAGUGCCCUCGUGGCGGUUCAAAGUGUAGUCACGCUGUAGCUCUGUUCCUUCAUGGCUACCACAACUUAAGUAGAACUGACAUCGAAUGUCAGUGGAAGAAACAAAAGGCAUCCGAGGUGGUUAAAACGGUAGAAGAUCUGUAUCCACCCAAAGAAACUAAAGUCCUAAAACGAAAAACUACAGAUGAGGACAGAGAAUGGCUACGGAACAAGCUGAAGAGAUACGGCGAGUUCACAGGAAUGUUAUGGCUUUUGAGCCCCGAACCUGACAAAGAGAAUCGUCUGCCGAUCUCCACAGUCGAAGAAAUCAUUUUAUCGAGAGAGUUUGUUGAAAGCGGACUUGAUACAAAUUUCUUGUUGGAAAAAUUGAAAGUAAGUGAGCAGCAAGUGAAAUCAGUCUGUGAGAUCACGAAAGAGCAACGUGAAUGUGGAGAGUGGCAUGUGGUGAGAAAAGGACGUUUGACUGCUAGCAAUUUUGGUCCAGUUCUUGAAGCAAAAAGAGUCACUCCUUCCCUUAUCAAGCGUGUUCUUGGAGAAUACGACAUCUCUCGAGUGCAGGCUGUUCGAUGGGGUGUCGUUAACGAGAAAGAAGGAAUAAAGGCCUUCACCAAAUUAACAAUGAAAGUAGUAAAGGAUUGUGGCCUUUGGCUACACAAGUCUGGUGUUUUGGGUGCAUCACCAGAUGGACUUGUUGAUGACAAUGCGAUCAUUGAAGUCAAAUGCCCUUACACACAUCGCAAUUCAACAAUUGAGGAGGCUGUUAAAGACCCUAAGUUCUGUUUAGUAAAGAGAGAUGCUGGCUAUUGUUUAAAACAAUCCCACCACUACUGGCAUCAAGUCCAGGGUCAGCUGUUUAUAACUGGGAAGCAAAUCUGUUACUUUGUGGUUUGGACAACAAUGCAAACUGUUGUGUUGGCAAUCCAGAAAGACUGCACAUGGGAACCAAAUCUUCUUUCACUUCAAGAAUUUUAUACAAUUCACAUGAUUCCUGCACUUGUUGAUGGUGGUCUUUAAAUUUUAAGACUUUGUUGUAAAAUUAAUGUAGUUUUUUAUAAAGUAAUGGAUUUGAUAAUACAUACUUUUAGAAAUAUUUUUUAAAAUAUUGUUUUAUUUGGUAAAAUCAUUGCAACUUUUACAACAAAUAUGCAGUAACUGAAGGGUGUAUAUAAAAUAAAAAUGUUCAUGUUAAUCUUAAAAUUGUUUUUCUUUAAACAGCAACAUUUGCUGGGGUUUUUACAUUAGCUACUUGAGACAAGAAAAUGAUAGAUUCAUUGUAAUCGUAUUUGAAUACAGUUGGUUAUCUGAAUUCAUAAUAAGACUAGCAUAAGGGUGUGGUGGCAGGAAUACUGAUCAGAAAUAAAUAGUUUGUCAUUAAGUUGUGUAUCAUGAUUCCUUGUAUCAUGAGCAAGUAAAAUAGGGUUACAAGCUUUUCACAGAUCACACAACACCUGUCCACUCUUUGUAUCAGAAUACAGUUAAUUGAUUAACUAUGAUCAGACAAUGCCAAUGUAUACCAGGCCUUAGUAAACUGAUGUAAGAUGAUCAAUAUUUCAAUUAAAAUGACUAAUCAAAGUCAA